AUGUCGGCCACCGCCGUCGCGCCGAUCCCUCCCGCCGCGGCCUUCCCGGUGGCGGCCCCGCCGUCGUACGCGGCCGCCUUCUCCGCCGCCGCCGCGCCUGCCGACGGCCACGACGGCGACCUCUACUGUCACUACAAGUCGCUCCAGCGCCACCUCGAGUUCGUCGAGAUCCAGGAGGACUACGUCAAGGACGAGCUCAGGAACCUCAGGCGCGAGGAGCUGCGCGGCGCGGAGGAGGUGAAGCGGUGCCGGGCGACGCCGCUCGAGAUCGGCCAGUUCACGGAGAUGGUCGACGCCGACCACGGCAUCGUGGCGCCCACCACCACCGGCGGCAGCUUCUACGUGCGGGUCCUCAGCACCAUCGGACGCGAGCUGCUCAAGCCCUCGGCGUCCGUCGCGCUGCACCGCCACUCCCACGCGCUCGUCGACGUGCUGCCGCCCGAGGCCGACUCCAGCAUUUCGCUGCUCGGCUCGUCGGAGAAGCCCAACGUCACCUACAGUGAUAUUGGUGGAUGUGACAUUCAAAAGCAAGAAAUCAGGGAAGCUGUCGAGUUACCGUUGACACAUCAUGAGUUGUACAAGCAGAUUGGUAUUGAUCCACCAAGAGGUGUGCUUCUGUAUGGUCCUCCAGGUACUGGCAAGACCAUGCUUGCCAAAGCUGUGGCACAUCACACAACUGCUGCUUUUAUCAGAGUAGUUGGUUCAGAGUUCGUGCAGAAGUACUUGGGUGAGGGUCCUCGGAUGGUUCGAGAUGUAUUCCGUUUGGCUAAGGAGAAUGCCCCUGCAAUCAUAUUUAUUGACGAGGUUGAUGCUAUAGCCACUGCACGUUUUGAUGCUCAGACAGGUGCUGACCGAGAAGUUCAGCGCAUUCUGAUGGAGCUACUUAAUCAGAUGGAUGGAUUUGAUCAAACAGUAAAUGUGAAGGUUAUAAUGGCAACUAAUAGGGCAGAUACUUUGGAUCCUGCUCUGUUGCGUCCAGGUAGGCUUGACAGGAAAAUUGAGUUCCCUCUUCCUGAUCGGGUGGCAGAAGAGGCUUGUGUUCCAAGUAUUGCUAUUAAGGUCUGCACUGCCAAGAUGAAUUUGAGUGACGAGGUUGAUUUGGAAGAUUAUGUUUGCAGACCAGAUAAGAUCAGUGCUGCUGAUAUUGCUGCAAUAUGCCAAGAAGCUGGCAUGCAUGCCGUCAGGAAAAACCGGUACGUGAUCCUGCCCAAGGACUUUGAGAAGGGCUACAGGACCAAUGUGAAGAAGCCCGAGACAGACUUCGACUUCUACAAGUGA